CUCUUUUGAUAAGACUUAUUUUUCAAUUUUGAAUUAUUUUAACCGCGGCAUAUUUCUAUUAUAUCCCGUACCAAGGUUUAACGAGCUAAUGGCGUCCUGAGAUUUUUUACUACUGCUACUAUGCAUUAUUGGACUUUUACCACAGAAAAAGAAGAAGAAAUAGUUUUGUACGUGAGUUAGAGGUUAUGUUCUUCUUUCUAACGUCUCAUAUUUUCACAUUUUGCUCCUAUUUCAUUAUUUCAUAUCGUAUUUAAAACAGUGAUUCUAAUUAAACAUAUUGUAUUAUUAGUCAAUAUAUAAUUUCAUCAAAAAUGCCAAAAAUUAAACAAAUGGAGAAACUAAAACAUCCCAACAGCAGAAAAACUAAAACACUAGUAAAACAAAUACAAAAGCAAAAAUCUCGAGAAAAAGGCAAACUUUCCACCAAUAUAAAACUAAACGUUCAAGGAGAAAAAUUCGUAUGGUUUAGGGACAAAUUUGAACCGGAAUGGACAGUUUGCACACCAAAUUUACUGGAAGAGUUAAUUAAAAAAUACUUAUCACGUUUUGAUGAAGAAUUAGAACAAAUAAGAAUAAAACAUUCAAUAGGAAAUAGAAAGAAUAGACAACAUGCUAAUAGAGAAGAUAUUAUUAAAAUGACCGUUAAAAGGGAGUUUGAAGAUUUUAAUUCUUGUGGAAUAGAAUUGCCAAACUUACUGGACCCUUUACAGUUUAAUCAAUUGAAAAAUUGGAAUGGUGAAUUAAGAUUUUUACAGAAUUUUAAACUAAGGAAAUUUAGCAAGAGGACAUUAGAAGAGAUGCAAAAGAAAAAUAAACAGUCUACCUGAAAAUAAUUCUAAUUAGUGAAAUUGUAGAAAAUAUUGAAUAAAUAUUUUUUGUUUUCAAA